CCUAUUGGGAAUCGCAGUGUAACUUUGCCGUUAGAGGUAAUCUAUACGAACAGUAUCGCUGUUUUUGGCAUUAUUUAAGAAACCACCGUGAUAUUCCUGCAUUAUUUGAUACUCGUCCACGUCGUUGCAACAUAACGCAGCCCAGUGUGACAGGAGGCUCCCUCCUCGAGCCCUCCCUCCGCCUCUCAUGUGUCUACAUCUCCAUCCCAUGGCCGUCUCUAGGUGAUUUAGCGCCGCCAGUCUCAAGCAGGUGUCCAACAUGGCGAUCACGGGGAGCGGAUCUCUCGCUAUUUCUCUCUUACUUUUCGUGAUUUCAGUGGCGUUUCUUCCGAAUGGAGCUGCUGAAACCGUGACAGUCGAAGGUCAGAAUCUGGCUACUGACAACGUGUCGGUGAUCGAAGGAGAAACGGCCACCAUCAGCUGCAGAGUGAAGGGCAACGACGACUCCGUCAUCCAGCUGCUCAAUCCCAACAGACAGACCAUCUACUUCAGAGAUGUUCGACCUCUGAAGGACAGCCGGUUCCAGCUGGUCAAUUUCUCUGACAACGAACUGCGGGUGUCUUUGUCCAAUGUGUCACUUUCCGAUGAGGGACGCUAUGUGUGCCAGCUCUACACAGAUCCUCCUCAGGAAGCCUACGCAGACAUCACUGUCCUGGUCCCGCCAGGCAUCCCGACCAUUGAGAGCCGCGAGGAAAUGGUCAGCGAGGGGAACGAGACGGAGCUCACCUGCACAGCCAUGGGCAGCAAGCCAGCCGCCUCCGUCAGAUGGAUGAAAAAGGAGGAGGAACUGGCAGGUGAAACCACAAUUGAGGAGACGUAUGACCGGAUGUUCACCGUCACCAGCCGUGUCAGAUUUUCUGUCACCAAAGAGGAUGAUGGAGUGCCAGUGGACUGCAUCAUUGACCACCCAGCUGUAAAGGACCUCCUGGCUCAAAGACACUUGGACGUGCUAUAUAAACCAGAAGUGAAGAUUGUGGUGGCAUAUCCUAACGGUUUAACCAGAGAGGGUGACAAUCUGGAUUUGACAUGUAUCGCGGAAGGAAAACCCCAUCCCCACCACAUCGACUGGCUGAGAGUGGACGAGGACAUGCCGCCUCACGCCGUGGUCACCGGCUCUGAUCUGUACAUGGAGAACCUCAACAAGUCCUACAACGGCACCUACCGCUGCGUGGCGUCCAAUGCUGUGGGAGAGGCUUACGACGACUACGUACUCUAUGUAUACGAUGCUCCCACUACUAUCCCCACACCCACCACCAACCCAGUCAACACGCAAGACCCCAGAGCCGGCGAGGGGGCGCCUCAGAAAAUUGACCAUGCUGUCAUCGGAGGAGUGGUUGCCGUGGUGAUGUUUGCCAUCCUCUGUGCACUCAUUGUUCUUGGUCGAUACUUUGCCAGACACAAAGGAACUUACUUUACGCAUGAAGCCAAAGGGGCGGACGAUGCUGCCGACGCAGACACGGCUAUCAUCAACGCGGAAGGCGGACACAACAACACGGACGAGAAGAAGGAGUACUAUAUCUAAACUGUGCAGGCUAGGAGAGAAAGGUGGGGAUACUGGUGUGUGCUGUAGGAGGAUUAUGUCUAACUCUGAUUGGUUACGCAAAGGCUUAGGGGCAGGGAGAGCAAGAUUUUAAAGAGGAAGAUAAGAAAGUGGAAAGUUGGACGGGCAUGGCCAAGUGGUAAGAAGAGGCAUUGCUGAGUCUGCUGUCUGACGCUUCCUGGACGGCUGGGGGCUCUUCUGUACAGUUCAAUUAUUUUACAGACAAUUUUGUGCCUUGUUCUAUUUCUUUUCUUUAUUUUAUGUUGGUUUUUUUCCCUCCUUCCCAUGCUUGUUGGAUUGGAUGUGUUUUUUUUUCCUCAAUGUAAUCCAUCUGAUCCAUUGUUGCAUUUGGCUUUCAGACAUUAAAUAAGCCUGGUGUUUGUCCGUGUGUGCUGCAGCCAGCUUUUAGCUCAUGUACCAAGACCUGAGUAGCCAGCCGUUACACGUUUCUUUUUACUGAAUCACAGUAUCAACACACUUCUCCCCGCUGGGUCAAAGUCCUGCGCUAAUCAAGGUUCAGUUUGGACAUUUUUCAUCACAGAUUUCCUUCAUCCUCCCUUUCGAGGUCAGGCUCACUGUGUUGAUUACCAAUGUAACAGUUGUGAGUAAUCAUACUCAUCAUAGAACGUGUUUGUUCCUGAAUUCGGAGUGCCGUUAAGUAUCAUUUCACAGCAAAACCACCAAGUACAACUGGUCACUCAUUGGUCCCAGGAGAACAUCUCACAAAUAGUAGAUGUGAGGUCAGUUUAGUAUUUGUUUAGGGUAUUGUGGAGUACAGUCAGAUGUCCUCACACCUAUAAUGUGACAUGAUAUACAGUUUGUAUAGAAAAAAUCGGAACCACUUAUUCCAUUUAUUCCAAGUCUGUAUCCAGGUUUUUUUUUCUGCUGGUUAAGAGGAAAGCAGUAAAUCGACAUUGUCAGAUAACAUUUACCAUCAUCUCUUUUGUUUUUGUUGUCAGCUUAGAAAUACUCAAAGCAAUAUUUUGACAAUAUGGAACAUCCCAGGCUUUGAGCUAUGGUUAUGAAAUCUCUCCUCUACUUCUAUUUAAUUAGUAAGAAAGGGAAUUUCCCAAAACUACUCCUUUAAAAACAGAAAACCUUUCCAGAGUGAAUUUAUUAGGUUACAUUUUGUCAGACUUAUAUGCGUCUUACAGUGACACUUUAAUUUGACUUUAUAUUUAGAUUACAUGUAAUGACAUAAACCUGGUAGUACUUCCUGUAAAACAGUGACUGUCCAAGCUGCGUACAUCAUAAAUGAUCAUUCAACUGUAUUUGUGUGGUAUGGGAACAGCCUGCUGUGUGUGUUAAACAUGAAAUUCUUCACAUUUUUAUUCCACCCACACGGUCAACCCUGGACCAAAUAAAUGUAUUAUACAGUGAACGUUACUUUUUUUUUUUCUUUCUAUCUAAUAAUACAUCCGGAAAUGUUUUAAGGUCAUUGAUUUAUCUAUUUAUUUCAAGUUUCUUUUUAAUUCUUAUUUUGUUAUUGAGAUUGAACUCUGUUGAAGGGAAGAGCGAUUGUUACACUUUCAGUGGCAAAGCUUCAUUCGCUUCAGUGGUGUUGAAGGUAUCAAUAUAUGUCCACACAAAUACACAUUGGAAGCGAGGCUGAAAAAAUACAUCUUUUCCCUGAUUAUUUCCUGGCUUAGAAAACCUUGCGAGAUAUACUGUACUAUUUUUUGCCCUUGUGCAUGUUUGAGUAUAAAGAAAUUGAAUCACUGCAAACAUGAAUCAGCUAUAUUUCCUUGCUGUCUCUAUUAACAUUUUACCUUUGGGCUGUCUUUGAGAACUUGCAGGGGGCUCCCUCCCUCACAAGUUACCGUCAAGCUUAAGAUUUGGUUUGGGUGAAGAUCGUUUUAUUACCGUCAUCCUGCAGGCUCAAACCUUCACAUGCAAACCGCCUACUUCUGCAAAUUUAUUUUUUUCCGCCCAACAACGCAAAUCGGAUUGAGACGCAGUGUAUCACAGCUAAAAAAAAGUAAAAACCUGCCUGGUAAUAAGUGAGAGAUAUCAUUGUAUUUCCUGAAUACGAUGAAAACAUGUGUAAAUGUACUAUGAAAAAGGAUAACCACUGCCUUAAACCCACCUCUUGAUACUUAUCAUUGAAAGGACUGAAGGACUUAAUUUAGUGCCUUCUUUAAAUUUGAGGCAUAUGGUUAGUAGCUUACGGUAUCCUCAUAUACACCCUUACCGUAUAUCUUGUAUAUAGCUGCUCUUUCUAACUUACAGGUCCAAUACUCAUCCAGGUUGUCUUUAUUCAAGCACCGUAGACUUGCAUCACGAUUACGGCUACGACGAUCCUAAAAGCUGGAAAAAGUUUCUAAAAAACAUUUCCUUGGUAAUCAAGGACAUGUUUGGCAGCUUCCACUGAUUAGAAAAGUGUAGGCCAGGAGGUAGUAAUUAUUGUCUUGAUUUCUGAUCAGAAAUGGGUUGUUAUUAAUUUCCCCACUUGAAUUAAUUUGUUAUUUAUUUUGGAGAGCAAGUAAUAUAUGAGAGGAACACACUACAAAUAGCUAUAAGAAGCUACAAUACAAGUAUAUUUUAGUUUAGUGUCAUGGAAACAGUUAUGUGCAUGGCAUUUUAUUUUGAGAUUUGAUAUUUAUCUUAAAUGGUUAUAAAGUCACUGCUGCUUUUACUUGAGGAACGUAAAGAAAAUGGCAUCAUUCUAAUCCAAUAUGAUUUGUGAUAUGAUUUGUUAAAAUAGUGAAUAUCUAGUGUGUUUAUUUUCACUCUCUCAGGUUCACGAGUGUCAAUAGUUGUUUUUUGCAUCUCAGGUAGAAUGCAAAUUAAAGCCCCCCAAGUAUAUGAUGUAGUACCACAGCUAUUCAAACAGUGAAGAAAUCACAAGAUGUACAUGUUUCUUUUCUCAUUUGUAAAUUUUUUUGUGUUCUUAAUAUGGUGCACUGCUACAGUAAACGUUAAAUAUUAUUUUGCAUUACCUAGUUCACAAAGAAAGAAAACUAGAUUUGUUAAGGAGACAAAAAUUCUGUACAGUCAGUGUCAAAAAAGUCACAUUAAAUGUCUUCUUCUUCUUCCACCUUGACACUUUGCUCAUACAGUAUCGGUUAUUUGGUAAAUAUAGAAAGUGACCACAGACAGUCAAUAAAGCACCUGGUUGCACUCGGUCGAUUCAUGCACAAAGUACAUUUGGAUAUCUUUGAUAUCUUGUAUUUACUGUGACAUGGAGGUCCACGAAUGAUCUAUAUCAUGUAGGGUAUUUGGAUGAAACUCGUGGUCAAAUCCUGGCUGGUAGGAAUAGGGGUGAGGGGUGGGGGAGGUUGGUGGUCGUAUUACCCCACAAAUGGUUGUUUUGUGGUUAAACCUUACAUUUCUCUCUGUACCAAGGUGACAUUCUUUUUUCUUUCGUGUAGUAAGGAGGAUGUUUCUCAUGUGGCCAUGCAUACUUUGUAUUUGUUCACACCAACAUUUUUACAAAAGAAAAAAAAAAUAAGAAGAGUUCUUGUCUUAAUAAAAAACGAUAUCAAUGUUUAAA